CUAAAAUAGCACUGCAUGCCCCUUUUUCGACUCUGGAAUUUGUCAUGUGUUUAUAUUCAGCAAACCGCCCUAUAACUAACCUAGAUUCAAAAAAUAUCCCCCAAGUUUGUAAUUCAUCAUUGCACUUCCUCUAAUGUUUUAUUUCUAUAUUUGAGCGGACUGUUGCUUAAAGGUGUUAAUUAUUAAUUUUUAAGGACUACCAUGCCCUUAGUAAUUUAUGAAGACGUGUUUAAAGAUAAAAUAUCACAAACCCUGAUUCUUAUUCCCUUCUUGCUUCUCGUCACCAGCUCACAAGUUUAUGAAAGAUGGCAAAGCUCAUACCCUCUCCUUUUAUGGUAGUUUCGAUUCAUAAGUCUUGCUUCUUUUAAAAUCUAAAUUUUUUAUAGAAGGUUAAUCUCUGGACGCUGGCAGGGAAUAAUUGUUUGGUUAUGACUUUGUUAUUGUAUUGUAAAGAGAAUAAAGGGGUAUAUUGUUCUAUGAAAUUAUAUACAUAUUUUCCCCAUCCAAACUAACAGAAGAAUGGAAGAAUGGAUGUGAAGAAAAGUUGAAACUGUAAAUGAUUCAUUAGAAAACUGGCAGAGGUCGUUCGAUUCUGGUAAUUAGUUGAGGGGACUUUUUUGAAAUUAAUCGUUUUUCUACUAAUAUCUAUAUGCGGGGGAAUAAUCUUGUCAAUUAAAGAUUUAUGUUUCAAGUGGUCAUGGAUCUCGAUUAGGAUUGAGCAUUUUCACAUGUUAGGUUAUUGAUAACGUGUAGUCCUGGUCAUAUUGGGGCUCUUCAUCCGCUCCUAUUAUAAACCACGCAUACAUGUUAUUGGUCGCUGAUACUUAAGGGAAUCAGAUUCCAUGGCUACCUCCAACUGGGCAUGGCUUCCACCUGAACUCUUCUCAAAUAUCAUCGACAGAUUGUCCGUCUUCGACCGAGUCAGUUGCCAUUACGUCUGCAAAUCCUGGAGAAAGGCUGCUCAAGAGAAACCAGUUCGACAACCACCACCAGAGUCACCGUGGCUCAUGUUUGCCGACCCAAACAAAGGUUGCAAUUUCUACAGCGUAGCCGAUAACAAGUUGUAUCGCAUGAACAUGGAUCCGCUUCCUGAUAUCCGCAACUACAUGUGGAUCGGAUCUUCUGGUGGAUGGCUGGUCAUUGCAGACGAAUGUUCGGACCUUUACCUCCUGAAUCCGAUAACCCGUACGCAAAUCCCUCUCCCCUCCAUACUUCCCCUCCCUUCGAUCACCGCUGGAUCGCGUGAUCAUGAAGGUAAUCUUAAUAGCUACCUCAUACCUUUUCAUUCUGAUGGAAGAUACUCGUUGGAGUACAAUAUAGAGGAAAUAAGACACUAUCUCUUUUCUAAGUGUAAGGCCGCAGUUUCCUUGUCCGAAGAGAACUCAUGGACCGUGAUGCUCUUGUUCAUGCGCGGUCAACGGCUUGCAUAUGCCAGGGCUGGAGAUGAUGCCUGGACCGCUGUGGAUCAUGGUGUCUGUAAAGAUCUUAUCCUGCACGACGGACUCUUCUAUGCUCUGAUGCCGAGUCACACGCAUUAUAUUGUUGAGACUUGGGAUCUCACAGCCGCUCGUCCUACUCCUAUUCGGAUUAAAGUAGCGAAGAGCAGAACUGACCUUGGCCGGUCAUAUCCAUACCUGGCCAUGUCCCCUUCCUCUCCCGGGAAACAAUUGUUGCUGGUCAAGAGGGUACGAGAUCACGAGAAUCAGUUCGAGUACCGCACAGCUGGUUUCGAAGUUUAUAGGCUGGACAAAAGUGGCAGAAGUGCGAGGUGGAUGAGGAUGCAGAGCCUAGGGGAUCAGACCUUGUUCAUUGGAAGCAAUAGCUGCAGGUCUUUGUCCACUCGAGCUUUUCCCAAGCUGAAAAGGAAUUGCAUCUACUCCACUGAUGAUAUCUGGAAGAAGGCCGUACAUUUUCCCGUAGAAACGAGAGAUAUCGGAGUAUGCAACUUGGAAGAUGGGACCAUGGCACCUUGUUGUCCUGAAGAUAUCCCCAGGUUGAAUUGGCCUCCUCCGGUUUGGAUUACACCGAGUCUACGCUGAGGAAACGAUUAUACUUAAACGUCACGGCUUUCCUAGUUGAUUUGGAGACUGUUGCCCUUUAAAGUUUCAUCUAUAUGCACAAUUUCAUGGCUAGAUUUUUAUUUUAUUAGAUCACAGGAUGAGACGCAGAAUUUUUUUUUUUUUUUCCGGUUUAAGUUGGAAGGUU